UAAUUAUAAAACUGAUUUUUCCACGAAAACCCAAGCGGCAGGUUGGUGCUGGGCUGCCUGUGGUGCUGGUGUUGCGUGGAGGCUUUUUGCCCACAUCUUAAACACGCGAGCAGCUCCAUCUUGGGUGACCCUUGCCAAAACGCAAGGUUUUGAGCAAAAGCCACAGGUCGGCACACGUGGCCAUGCCCAGAAGCUGCAGAGCUGUACCCUGCAGGUCUCUGAUCCCAAACUGCUUGAAGGUUUUUGGACCCUCCUGGGAGCCUCCCACAGGCUGUCAGUGCAGUUUGGGGUUUGUUUCAAAGCAAAAAGCAAGAUUCCUGCUUGCUAAAAGCCUUCUGACAAGGCCAGGGGGGUGUUUAAUCCAGAACCCCGAGUCUCCAAAUCACCCAGGCAGCUUCAAGGAGAGAAGGAAAACACUUUGCCAGCACAAGACAAGCUGUGAAGGAAAUUCAGUGUAUUGUUCCUAAUGACACGUACUUAGCAGCAUGUAAUUGCGGCAAAUAACUGCUCUUAAAAUUGGCAGCGCGCGGGGUCUGCACCACCUCCUUUGCAGAGCCACCAGCUCGUUCAAAUGCAGUUCAAAUUGCCCUCAUCUUGCAAAUGGGAGCCUCUGGAUGGCUUUGCCCCCGGCUGGCAGAUAGGUCAGGCAGCAAUCAGCUUCCCCUUCCCCUUGGGGUGCGUCGUGGCGCAAGCUGGAGGAGCUUGCUCCAUCCCUGGGUGGUGGGACACGUCCCUGCGCCUCGGCGUCCUCUUUGCUGGAAGGACCCCGCUGCCAGGAGGGUGCAGGACCCAAGGCGGCCACAAAAUGUUGUGCAGUUCUCCCCGUGGCCGUGCACGGCAGGAGGGAGCUGAGCUGAACGGUUUCGUGAUGGGAGGAUGCUAGUGACGAGGGGCUUGGCUUAGUGAUGGGACUCCAUAGGUCAGGCUGAGGUUGGGCUUGAUGGUCAUGAAGGUCUUCUCCAGCCUAGGUGGUUCUGUGGUUCCAAAUCAGCCAGCCCUGGUGUAAGAGCGUUCUCCUUGGAUUUUAAACAGUCUGGUGGCAAAGGGGCUGGGAUGUCUUCUCCUCAGAGGGGCUUUUCUCUGUGCGGGACAUGUUUGGGUUUGUUCCUCAGAUUGGUGCGAGGUGCUGGGAGUGGAGGUUGGAGGGGCAGUGGAGGUGCCACGUUAGGCGCUGUUUGAUGUAUUAUUUGCUAGAGGAGAUGAGGGAAAAUGGUGCUGCUUAUCUUAGGCCGGAUGCUUUGUAUAGGUAAUUCAGGAAUCUCUCCUAGGUCCCUUAACUGAGUCUUCCUUUGCGUGACCCCGCACAGGCUGAAGGAGCUGGAGGUGCCCAGGCUGGGGCACUCGGACGUCCACGUCAAGAUGCUGGCGGCCCCCAUCAAUCCGGCUGACAUCAACAUGAUCCAAGGCACCUACGCCAUCCUGGCCCCGCUGCCGGCCGUGGCGGGGAACGAAGGCGUCGGGCGCGUGCUGGAGGUCGGCCCCGGCGUGACGGCGCUGAGACCCGGGGACUGGGUCAUCCCGGCCGAUGCGGGACUCGGGACGUGGCGGACGCAGGCGGUGUUCCCCGAGGCGAGCCUGCUGCAGGUGCCCAGCGACAUCCCGCUGCUGUGCGCCGCCACGCUCAGCGUCAACCCGUGCACGGCGUACCGCAUGCUGUCCGACUUCGAGAGGCUGGCACCGGGUGACUCCAUCAUCCAGAACGCAGCCAACAGCGGCGUGGGCCAGGCUGUCAUCCAGAUCGCGAAAGCCACUGGCGUCAGGACCAUCAAUGUGGUCAGGGAUAGACCUGAUCUCCCAAAGCUGGUGGAGAGGCUGAAGGCCCUGGGCGCAGACCAUGUCAUCACGGAGGACAUGCUGAGAAAGCCAGAAAUGAAAGAGAUAUUUAAGAGCAUCCCAAAGCCUCGGCUCGCCCUGAACUGCGUCGGAGGCAAAAGCACGACGGAGAUGCUGCGGCAUUUGCAACCCAAAGGGACCAUGGUCACCUACGGGGGCAUGGCAAAGCAGCCUGUGACGGUGCCGGUGAGUGCCUUCAUCUUCAGGGACGUGAAGCUGCGUGGCUUCUGGAUGACCCAGUGGAAGAAGGACCACGCACAUGACAAGGAGAGCCUGACCAGCAUGAUGGACACCCUGUGCCAGCUGGUGCGGAGGGGACAGCUCGGCGCGCCCGCCUGCACCACGGUCCCGCUGGAGGACUUCAGGGAGGCCCUGGUGGCUUCGAUGCAGCCCUUCACCUCCUCCAAGCAGGUCCUCCUCCUCUGACUGCUUGCAGGUCUUCCUGUUGGUGUCUGCAGAGGGAAAGCUCCAUGUCCAUUGAUUUUUUUGUUUUGUCCCUUUUUUAUUUUUGGUGCCCACUUCAAGGCUUAAAAGCCUCUGGAAGUUUGCCCAGGAGGCACCGUGAGCACAGGCUGGGGUUGCUCCUGGAGGGAGAUUUUGGUCUCAUUUUAGCUGGUUGUUAAUUUUGUUGCAGCAGAAAGCCUGGGCUCUUCCCUAGACCAUCUCAAGGGAAAGGAGUCUCUCCUCUUUGCAGACUGAAUUACACAGCAAAACCACUUUUAAAAAAUACGUAUUUAAAAAAAAUAUAUUUUUUUCCCUACACAGCACAUGCAGUGCUGGCAGGACUAGGGGAGUGCCCGUGCUGGGUGUAGGACAAGGGGACAAUGUAGGGAUAGGAUUCGGGUCCCCAUCCCUGGGUUCACCCCGCAGCUCACCAGCCGGAGCCUCCAAUGUGACUUUUGCAAUACCUGAACUUGAAUUCAGUUUUACUGCUGUUACUGAACCACCGCCACUACUGAUUGUGCAAUGCACAGAGAAACCUCUGGAAAAUCAAUGUCUAAUGUAUGUCUAUUUUUGCAAGAUGCUGCCAAUAAACUUUUCUGUGCUCAAAG